GAUUAGAUGAGAACCCUUCUUCUUCUUACUAACAGACAACGGAUUGUUGGUUGAGUUUUCACUUUUCUUGCUGCUCAUGUAGCAUUCAUCCGUAAGAAGCUUCACCUUCAGCUUCUAUGGAUCAAUGAAAUGUGCAAGAAGAAAAGAGGAAAUUCAAUAAAAACCACUACCCAAGGAGUGUGAUACUUUGUCAUAAUGGCUAGUGACUUGCAAAAAGGUUGUGCAAAGAAAAUGCAAGGCUCAACUUUAGACAUGAUCAGUGGCCUCCCUCACAACGUGAUAGAAGAGAUUCUAAUGCGCAUGCCAAUACAGGAUGCAGUGAAGACAAGUGUUCUCUCAAAGAAAUGGAGGUUUGCUUGGGUGACACUUCCCCGGCUUGUAUUUGAUGAUGCAUUCUACAUAGAAUCAAGGAGAACACUGGAAAUGCUUAUGAUGACUAUUGGUCGAGUUCUACUCCAACACCGUGGACCAAUACUCAAGUUUGAACUAUCCUUAUCAGAACUGGAAAGUUGUCCUAUGAUGGAUCAACUGAUACUUUUUUUGUCAAAAAAUGGUAUCCAGGAAUUCAUCCUUCAAUUGCCAGCUGCAGUUUCUCCGACAGGUGGACGUUAUAGUUUGUCAUCCUCAAUUUUUUCAUGUCUACAGCUUAAGCAUUUGAAACUACGUAAUUGCCUUUUCAAUCCUCCUCUGGGAUUUGAAGGAUUUAGCGGGCUCCUUUCCUUGGAGCUUGAGGAAGUUUCUAUUACUUCUGAGGUCAUCUCCAGUUUGAUCUCCACUUGCCCACUACUUGAAGAGCUGAGACUUGUGAAUUGCACCAGCUUCGGUUACCUUGAAGUUAUUGCACCUAAUCUUACAUGCUUAAAUUUUGAGGGCCGUUUUGAUGCCAUAUGCUACAAAAAUACCCCCCACCUUGCUAGAGUUACAGUUUUUUUGUUCGAUUCUGUUAUUGGGGAAGACAUAUCUAAGUGGGUUGCGUUUUUUUCUGGUCUACCUGCCAUUGAGUUUUUGGAGUUGAACUAUGGUUGUUUUGAGUUGAUUUCUGCAGGUCGCAUACCAAGAAGACUUGCAAUUAACUUGACCCAUCUCAAGAUUCUCAAGUUGUUUGCUAUGUAUCUAGAGGAUGCCAAUGAGGUCUCAAGUGUUCUUUGUUUAAUUAGAAGCGCCCCAAACUUGGAAAAAAUUGUAAUUUUGGCAUAUACUGAUGAUGAAUUUGAAGUUGAUGAACCUGUUCUAAAACCUUUAGAAGAGCAAGGAUGGUGGGAUAUCUCUUUAAAUCGGCUUCGGGAAGUGGAAUUGCAACCAACAUCAGACAAAGGGUUUCAAUUGGAGUUCAUUAAGGUUCUGUUAGCCACAUCACCCGUCCUGGAGAAAAUGGUUAUUGAUCUAAGUUCGUUGCCGUUUCUUGAAACAAAUAGGUUCUUGAAAGAGGUGGCACAAUUUGAGCGCUUAUCACCUCUAGCAGAAGUCUCUUAUGACGCAAUUUAGGUGACAUGAUUAUCUCCUCUUUCACCAGCGAUUGUUUCCGUGAGGUAUUAGUCCUUGGGAGGGAAGAUCUCAAGGUUUCUUGUAUCUUAAUCGUGCAAGGUGGUUAAUUGCUAGCAGCAAUGGCAAUGGCGUAGAUUACUUUCUCAUCGUCGUCGAAUUCUGGCAUGCCAAAAGGUUCCAGAGAGAGCCCCUGACUACAUCAUGAGGGAUCUCAAAAUCUGUUGUUGUUGCUGUUUUCUCUCUGUUUGGAGAGCUCCUUUUCUGUUGUUGUUUCUAAAUUCUUGUCCAAAGAUUGUAGCAGAGUAGUCUGGUUUGUGACAAACUUGAGUUUGCCUUGUAUUGCUGAUAAACUCCUGUUGUGCUGAGAUGAGAAAAACUUAAUUUUAUUAAUUUAAAUAUAAUUCUAUUCUCUGGUUUUACU